GGUGUUUUCUAAACUUCUGUUGCCGUUUACGACUUUCAAAUGUUUCCGUUGUUCUAAAUUUCUGUCUCGGCUCUUACAAUGCUAGCCAAAAUCAAUCUUUUACUUAUUUCUAUACCUUUGAUGUCGCUAAUCGGUCUUGGACAAAUUAGUGCUUUCGAUUGCCCAUCGCGAUUUGGCUACUUUCCCGACAAAGUGGAGUGUACGAAAUACUAUAUCUGUAAUUUUGGAAUUGCUUCUCCACAAGAUUGUCCCGACGGAUUACAGUUUUCCACUCGGUUAGGAAAUUGCGACUGGAAGGAUAACGUUAAAUGCGCCAAGUAUAACGGUUAUGCGUACCGUGAUGGUGAAGAUCAUCCGCCGCCGGGUACACCCGAGGUUCCCACGACACCGGGCAUGCUCCUGUAUCCCUUGGACGACCCACGAAUAACUGAAAUAUUUGCUCAAACUCAAAAGCCUAAACUGGAAGUAAGCCCGGCACAACCGUGUAUCCCGUCAAGUUGCCAAUUACCCAAUUGCCGGUGUGGUUCCGCCGAUCCUCCCAACGUCAUGGAUCCCGAUGACAUUCCUCAGAUGAUCCUGCUUACCUUCGAAGGUGCCGUCACUGAUGCGGCAAUGAAUAUAUAUGAGAACACGUUUAAGGACACAAGGAAAAAUCCAAAUAACUGUCCCAUCCGAGCGACAUACUUCGUGUCCCACGAGUGGACGGAUUACUCCCAUGUCCAGAAUCUGGCGAAUCAAGGUCACGAGAUCGCAGUCUCCGGAAUAUCAUUGCAGUUCAACCGCAAUCGGUCAAUAAACUCUUGGGAAGACGAAGUCCUAAGUCAGCGCAAGGUACUAAACGAAUUUGCCAAAAUUCCUGUGACGGAGAUUGUGGGCAUGCGCGCUCCGUACCUGUCCAUCGGUGGCGACAAUCAGUUCCAGAUGCUGAGCAAUAACGGAUUCCUCUAUGACUCCUCUAUGCCGGUUUCUGAAAACGAACCACCAUUUUUCUCCUUUACACUGGACUAUCGCAUCAACAAUGACUGUAUGAUCGAUACAUGCCCUAAUGGCUCUUUUCCCGGCAUCUGGGAGAUGCCCCUCGUGAUGUGGAAUGAUCGGUCGGGAGACCGAUGCAAUAUGGUGGACCAGUGCACUGAUCCGGAGAAUCAACAAGAAGUGUACGAACUCCUGAUAUCUAACUUUGAGCGACACUACACCACCAAUCGCGCGCCCUUCAACAUUUUCACCAGUGCAGCCUGGUUUGCUAAAGAAAUGAAUCAGCGAGCGUUUUACGAUUUUCUGGAUACAGUCUUAGAUAAGACAGACCAGGCGAAGUAUCGUAAUGUUUAUUUCGUCACAAUGAGCCAAGCGAUACAAUGGAUGAAAAAACCGACUACUUACCGCGAUAUCAAAACCUUCAAACCGUGGCAGUGUACCGACACACCAAAAGUCCAGCCUUGUACGAAGCCUAACACGUGCACGCCCUGGUUCGAAAAAAACAAAGAGAUCCGUCCCUUUAAAACAUGUCGGGAAUGUCCGAAAAAUUAUCCGUGGAUUGGUAAUGCAUACGGUCUUUGAGACCGUGUGCCCGGCAUUCGGGUCAAUCAAGACGAUUGGGGUUCACAACUGUACUACCUGACGCGAUGGAAUGUUUUACUCUGCUUAUGAUUAUCGUCCCAUUAAAUUCACUUUCAUGUUAUUUCUUUUACCUGAGCGGGUGUUAUCGUCGGAUAACGGUAACUUUACCUGUACCUAGUGAGGCUGAUUUUGACUUAGUCAGAUUAACUGUCGAUUCUGUCUGUACCGGUACAUAUGUUUAAAUUUACAUUCGGAAAAGCAGCAUCGUAUCGUACUUUCAUUUUUUAGGUUUUGUACCGGUUUGAUAGAAGAAAAUAAACU